AGCGAGGCCCCGCCCCCAGUGCCGCCACGUCUCUCUCGGGCGCCGCUCCCGUUCCCGUUCCCGCUCCCGGUGCCGCUCCCGGUGCCGCCCCGCUCCGCCCGCCGGGCCAUGGCGUUCACGCUCUACUCGCUGCUGCAGGCCUCGCUCCUCAUCGUCAAUGCCGUGGCCGUGCUGCAUGAGGAGCGCUUCCUCCGCCACGUUGGCUGGGGAAGCGAUCAAGGGAUUGGAGGAUUUGGAGAGGAACCAGGAAUUAAAGCACAGCUCACAAACCUCAUUCGAUCAAUACGAACCGUUAUGAGAGUGCCAUUAAUAGCCCUGAACUCCAUCACAAUCAUUCUCCUCCUGUUGUUUGGCUGAAGACACCCUGUGGAAAACCUUUGGACAUCCAAAGAAGCCAGUUGCUGACCACCACUGCUCUGAGUUCCUGGGAUCCAGCACGGUUUAGCUGUCAAUCUGACAUUCAACUUAAAAUAAUAAAAGACACUGUUCCUAUUUAUCCCAUUUCCUAAUGUUCCCUUGCAGUUUCAUUAAGCAGGAUCACGGGAUCAAUGCAACAACGCUGCAAACACAUUGGACUGUGACCAGUUCUGUUGCUGCCUGUUCAUAGUGCUGAUUAAUUAUUAGAGUAAAUGUCAUAGGAUGUUGCAGUGACUGGCAAUGGGAUGCAGCUUUUAAAUGCUUUGUUACUCAGGGAUGAAUUUCCUUCAGUACGCUCUCCAAUUUGUUUUUAAAUUGAGGAAAAUAACAAUAUGUUUGUUUCCAUUUCAGUUACUACCAUGGAACUGUUAAAGAAAAUAUGAAUUAGGCUCUGAAAGCAUGUCAUAAAGAAUGCUUGUUAUAAAGGUUUGAAGUCCAGCUGUGAUAUGGAGUGAGAUAAAAUCAGCUGGGUAAAGUCCUGAUUCAGGUUAACGUUGAAAGCUGAAUUUUACCCUGCUUUAAUUGGGGAUUUUUUUGUCUUCAAAUCAGUAUUUCAUACUGAUGGUAAAGUCAGUAGAAAAUGCGUGCAAUUGCAGUGCAAAAUUAAAAAAAAAAUUUAAAAAUUAAGAAAAAAAAGCUGUACCUAAAGCUGAGUAACUCUGUGUUAACUUUGGGGAUAUUAGUGAUUAGUAUUUGUUACUUUUCUGUCAAGAAUUGUUAUACUUUUUAAAAUAUCUAUUAAACUUCUGCGUGGUGAUCACUGUGGUCAAAGUGGGGAA